AUGACGCUUCACAGGCCGGGAGACUAUGUCGAGCCCUCUUCUGGAACUACAAGCAGCCCCUGUAUAUCUGGACGUACGCUCAUUGCCUGUCAAAACUGCGCAAAUGCAAAGACCGGCUGCGACAAAAAGAUCCCAUGCUCGAGAUGUAUGGAGAAGAACCUGCAAUGCACCGCCCGAUACGCCCGGCGGGCCUCCAAAGCUGCAAUCCGGGCAGCACAAGCAGCACCGUCAUUGGCAAAGAGUCAGAUAGCCGGCUUCAGCUUUGGGUCGCGGCCAUUUCGAAAGAAUUCACUUUCCUUUGAAGUGGACAAAUGUCCUGAAAAUAUUGCUCAAGAUUCUCCACACCAUCUACGUGACGACAGUCUCUGGGAUAUUCUAAACCCACUCUCGCCAUUAUCUGGCUACUCCGCUGCUGCUUCCUCGUUGGGUGGCAGCUCAUCAUAUUCAGAUAAACUAAACGUUUUCGAAAAUAAGCAAAACUCGCCCAUACCUAUUUUUUCCGAAUUUUCUACAGAUAUCGACCUCAUCAACAACGACGUCUCGAUCAGAAUACCGAGUAGUUAUCGAUGUUAUCCAGCAAAUCUACUCAAUGACUCCAACAACUCGCAUUUCUGCUCCAAAAUAUCAUACUUACCAGAGUUGGAGGAUUAUUCUGGUCUCAUCCAGGCACCGGAUGCCUGUGAAGACGCGUCCGGCUUCCUAGCGGCAAGUCGUAAAUCCGAGCUCGACAUCGGUAGUACUUCCAACCAGCUGCAAUCAAAGGAAAUCCCGAGUCUAUCCAGCGCAAGAACGUUGGUAUAUAGCUGGGUCAAAAUGGAUCAAGAGCUGAGCCUCUUUUACGAUACUGAACAUGUCAUUUCUGCAUAUGACUUGGAACGACCUCUCCCUGAUCCCGAGCUUCCAUGGGAUACGAAAAACAUCUUGCAGACCAGCGACCUAUAUCUUUCAGAUGGCUUGUACACCGAAGUUAAAACAGAAGGAACACUUGAUUUUGAAGCUCGUCCGACUCUGAAUCAACUCUUCAAAGACUUCCUCCACGGGACUUUGUCAAGGAGAGUCCCACCACGGCACCUUGAGCUUCUUCUUCACCCGCUGCAAGCUUUAGUUCACCAUUCGCAGAGCCUACUUUCUUGGGCAAAACAUAGCUAUUCUCCAGCACUAUCCGACGCAGCUAAUUCCACUCUACUGGAAACGCAGAGACUGCUCCGAAUGUGGCACAAUCUUGCAAUGGAGGCCUGCAACGAAAACCUCUAUUCUCAGGAUACUCCACCGGCCUUGGUCUUGUAUCAUUUCACAUGCCUCAACCUUGUAGCCAGCUUCAUCGACAUCGAGCGGCUCGCCGAUCGAGAGAGUCUUAGUAUCAGCUUCUGGCAGCAGUCCCUCCAAAACGAGAGAGGCAUACGCAACCGCCAAGACGCCAUUCUUCACUGCGGUCAAGCGCUGCGAUACCUGCGUGCCGUCAACGUCGACACACACCCAUGGUGGUGGCCGACAGCCGUACAUAGAGCAAUCUUGACGCUCUGGGCUGCUUCUACUCUUGGAUCAGGCCCGAGCCACGCUAAACCAGCGGCGUUCGUGCCGAAAGAUUCCUGGCCGCGGGAUUCCAUGGACGUGGAGCCGGGAAUGGGCAUGUCUACUACCCCUGAGCUUUCCAUCAUCGCCAUUGACAACAUCACCCCUGAGGAUCCUGUCCUCAGUGAUGCAAAUUGGAGCGAGAGAUACUUGCUGGUUCUCACCCGCCAAGAUGAAGGGGUAGUGGUUCUAAAUGAUGCGAUGGGUAUUCUUGAAUAUGGUAUUUCGCUCAUCAAGGGGUUCCCCAGCUCGGUUGAAGGGGAGGCGGCAGUCACGAAACUUAGAGAUCUCGGGCAAGCUUGGGAGGGGAAUAACGGAAGCCAGAUGUACUAUCAAGACUGA